AUGGCAGACAGACCGGCCGAUGCCGUAAACGUGAGGGAGAAGCUUGAGGCGCAGAUCAAGUCCGCGGAUAUGACGGAAGAUAUGCAGCAGGAGUGUAUAGAAGUUGCUCAGGAAGCCAUGUCGAAAUUUACCAUUGAAAAGGACAUUGCACAGCAUAUCAAGCGAACAAUGGACGAGCGAAAGGGCCCGACUUGGCACUGCAUUGUUGGCCGUAACUUUGGCAGCUUUGUAACCCACGAGACCAAGCACUUCAUAUACUUCUAUCUCGGCCAUUGUGCUAUCCUGCUCUUCAAGACGCAGUAA